ACGAGGAAGUUAGCAGGAGUAGACGCAUGAUUCGAGAGAGGGGGAGAAUGAAGGGAAAAGCACUUGAAAAGAGAACCUUUCCCUCUUCUCUUCCCACACUUGACUUCACUCAUAUAUCCUUCUCAUUCCAAACCCCAUUGCGUGCCUACUCAAGGUCACUUCUUUUUCUCUCUUCAAUGCAAUCUCUUUUAACUGCUUUUCUAUCCUAUUCUGAUUCUUCCCCACCAUUAGCUUCAAUAUUCCGCGCUUAAUUUCAUUCCUUUCCUUUUCCCCCAUGCUUCUUCUAUUACCAUCACUAUCAAUGCUUGCUUCGCCUUCCUCUUCGCCCUUUUAACAUCGCUCUUUCAAUACUGUGGAAGCAAACCAGUUUUUAUUUAUUUAUUUUAAUAUUUGGUUCCAAUUUUGACGCCAGUGCAACCAUUGUUCCUUAUACUGGAUAGUGGAUGGUCUGAGCUUUUGUCAUGGAAACAAGAGAACAUGUUGUUGCACCUAAAAAACCAAUCCUUACGCCCAAGGCUAUAAUACACCAAAAUUUUGGCAAUAAGGCUUGCUAUGUGGUGGAGGAAGUGAAGGAGGUUCAUCAAACUGAAUGCCCAGGAUUGAAUAUUCCGCAAAUGGGACCUUGCCUUUACCGUUGCACAUUGCAGCUUCCAGAACUUUCUGUCAUCUCAGGAAUCUUCAAGAAAAAGAAGGAUGCAGAGCAAUCUGCAGCAGAGAUUGCUAUAGAGAAGCUUGGCAUUUGUCCAGAAACCAUUGAUCCCACUCCACAAGAAGCACAGGAAAGUUUAGUAGCUCGGAUUGCCUAUAUAUUUUCUGAAAAGUUUCUUAUAUGUGAUCAUCCACUCAGUGGUCACAUUCGAGCAACUUUGUGGAGGGAAGGUGAUCUUUGUGGAUUGGUUCCUCUUUCUGUCAUUGCUGUAUAUGAUGCAAAGAUUUUUAGCUUGUGUAGAUGUAUCAAUCCUGAGGUGGAGUCAGACCCAUUUUUGGUUAUUUCAUACAUAAUGAGGGCCACUGCAAACUUAUAUCAGUUUCUUGCUACUUCUGAACGACAUCUCUGGAUUAGAAGGCAGAGUCCAUAUCCACAAGAUAUUAUAGAGUCAUUAAUGAAAGAAGAUGAUGGUUCACAAGAAUGCAUUCAAGUUGCUGCCAUACGCAUUCCUAGUUCAGUGGAACAAUCUAUUGAAGAUUUGACACUUCAUAUUUCUUUAAAAGAAUACUACCUUGAUAUCAUUGCAAAUGAACUUGGUUUUCAAGAUGCUGCCAAUAUUCUGAUUUCUAGGAGUUUGGGUAAAGCUUCUUCUGAGACAAGACUUUUCUUUGCUGCUCCAAAAUCAUAUCUACUGGAUCUAUAUUCUAACUUUCCAAAUGGAAAAGAAACCCUUUAUUUUAAGGGAUCUCUGAAUGCAAGGGCAAGUUACUUUGCCGGGCAAAAUAUAAUUGGAGAUGCAAUAUUAGCAACCAUUGGAUAUACGCGGAAAUCUAGAGAUCUUUUCUAUGAGGAUGUAACAGUUCGAUUAUAUUACAGGAUGCUUCUUGGGAAGACCCCAGGCGGCAUUUAUAAAUUGUCCAGAGAGGCAAUACUUGCAUCUGAGUUGCCAUCAAAAUUCACAACAAGAGCAAACUGGAGGGGUUCCCUUCCCAGGGAUAUACUUUGUAUGUUUUGCCGCCAGCACCGUUUGUCUGAACCUCUCUUUUCCAUUACAUGUCAUCCUUUCAAUACAUUGUCUGGAUUGUCUGGAUUGUCAGGAUCAUGUUUGAAGGUUGCAGAGUCCUGUGGGAAUGUGAUUGAAUCUGUCAAUGGGGUUUCUGUAACAACUCCAAAGAGUUCAGAUUCAGAGUUGUUUAAAUGUGAAAUAAAAUUGUUUUCUAGACGUGGAGAUUUAAUACUUCAGUGUUCCCCAAAGGAUUGUUAUAAGAAGCAGAAUGAUGCUAUUCAGAAUGCUUCAUUGAAACUUCUAUCAUGGCUAAACAAGUGUUUUAAGAGUAUGAUUGUCCCUUUUGAGCAGCUUUGUCAGACUGCAGACAACUUUAAUAUCCAGAUUUAUUAUGAAAACAUUUUCACAGAUAUUUUUGUGGGCCAAUCAACUCACAAUGGUCAGCUUGAUGCAAUUCAAUGCAAUAAAUUAGUUGAAUCAAUAUAUAGGAAUUCAUCAUGUGACAUGCUGGGAAAUAUAGUGAACUCAUUAAAGAUUGAAGGUCCAUAUUCUGGUGUCUGUCCAUGCAAUGGAUCUUUACCUUGUAUAAGGUAUUCAGUUUCUUUGGCUGUGGAGGGUGAAAAUGUGAAAGAAGUUAUAGAAGUUUGUGAUGAGUUUGAGUUUGAAGUGGGACUUGGUGCUGUGGUUUUCUAUAUUGAGGAAGUUGUGACGCAGAUGUCUGUUGGCCAGUAUGCUCAUUUCACUACAAAUUUACUCACUUCUGAUUUGAUUUUUGCUUCAGCUGAUGAUUCAGUCAAAAUGCCUUCCUUGUUAUCUUCUAAAGACUGUUGUUUGGAAUACGAAAUAAGUUUGAUCAAGGUCACUGAACCUCCUGAGGAGAGAAUGGAGCAGGCUCUUUUCAGCCCCCCACUUUCAAAGCAACGGGUGGAAUUUGCAGUGCAACAAAUUCUAGAAUCUCAUGCUUCUACAUUGAUUGAUUUUGGAUGUGGAUCUGGAAGCUUGUUGGAAGCAUUAUUAAAUUACCCAACAUCUUUGGAGAAAAUGGCUGGUGUUGAUAUUUCACAGAAGGGUCUUAGCCGUGCUGCAAAGAUUCUUAAUUCAAAAUUAGUCACAAAUUCAGAUGCUGGUGGACAAUGGACAAGCAUAAAAUCAGUAAUUCUUUAUGAAGGUUCAAUUACAAAUUUUGGCUCUCAGUUGCAUGGAUUUGAUAUUGGUACUUGUUUAGAGGUGAUUGAACAUAUGGAUGAAGAUCAAGCUUGUUUAUUUGGGGAUGUGGCAUUAAGUUCUUUUCGUCCAAGAAUUCUCAUUGUUUCUACACCAAAUUUUGAAUACAACGUAGUACUUCAGAGGUCGAAUCCUCCAAGCCAAGAACAAGAGGAAUCAGACGAGAAAACCCUCUUACAGUCAUGUAAGUUUCGUAAUCAUGAUCACAAAUUUGAGUGGACCAGAGAGCAAUUCAGACAAUGGGCAUGUGACUUAGCUGCUCGGCACAAUUACAAAGUGCACUUUAGCGGGGUUGGUGGUUCGGCUGAUGUUGAACCCGGCUUUGCUUCUCAGAUUGCUGUGUUUAAAAGGGAUUGGAAACUUGAAGAUGAUGUACUGAAGCAUGCUGAUGAACACCAUUAUAAUGUAAUAUGGGAAUGGAAUCGUAAAAUAGAAUAAAUCAUUUAAAAACUAUACACUGAAAUUCGUAGUCCAUUUAGGUAAACAAGAUUGCUGGUGUUUUUAUAGCUGAGAAGCAAGAUAUAAUUAGAAUUGAUGCGAAAAAAGGGCAGGAGAAAUGAAACAUUUUUUUGGUA